AUAUCGACUUUGACCAACUCUCACCUGUUCUCCAAAAAAUGUUACGAGGCCAGUAUUUAGCAUUUCCUGCUUAAUUAGUGAAUUAUCGAGCCCCCUGUGGAUGCUACGUGCGAUGGGUUUUCAUAAUCAAUCAACGACUCCUGAAUUAUUUUGUCUAAUGCCUUAUUUUGGCACAUAACAUCCUCGCCUUUGUUGCUUGUUUUUAACGGGCCGGGUAUGACUGAAGUGAUUUCUGGGGUUAGAAGUAGGUUUCUCAUGCCCCAACCGAAGUAUCUCGUGGGUUAUCGGCUCAUCCUCGUCACCAAGCUUAAUUCUCUCGUGUUUUGUCACACUAAAUGUUCUUGUCUUAGGCCUUAUGUGCAUAGGAUUUUCUGGUUACCCCGAAAAGUACUAUAGGGAGGUGACCGAGGUCUGAAUGCAGUCACUUCAUUGUAGAUGCUUCUGAAUAAACGUCAGCUUUCCUACUGCAAACGACCAUAAAGUGAACGUUUUGGAUUGGGUCGGGUAUGACUUGUCCCACGAGUCGCGCAGUUACCGAAAGCCUCAUUUCUUCAUGUUCGAGGACACAUAUCACAAAGUCAUGGCUUGAUUUUUGGCAGCAAAAUUUGUCUAAUCGGUGGAUGACCUCUUUUUUUCCCUCGCCAGUUGGCUCAGACAACAAUGCGUUCGGAGAUUGGCAAAAUCGACCUGGACAAUGUCUUCAAGGAGCGCGAAGCUCUUAACCACAACAUCGUUCAGUCUAUUUGCAAAGCAGCCGAACCCUGGGGUAUCGAGUGCAUGCGAUAUGAAAUCCGUAAGUUAUGAGUGGAAAAAUGAUUUGUUUUCCAAAUUAGCCUUGCACACUGAGAGUCGCACCUGCCGUUCGCCGUACGCGGUGAUCUGUCCCCUUAUAUAACCAUGUUCCAUGUUUAUAAGUAGAAUUUAGUAUCCCACGGCCUAUCAGACUCUUACAUACAGCUACAAGUCUUUCGCCUUACUGACAUCUGGUAGCCGGUCAUACACAAGUAGCGCAGUCGCCACUAAUGUAACUCAUGGAAACCAUAAUCUCCUCAGUCUCAUCACAUCUCGGCCGCGCCCUAUGGUGAGUGUCAGUGUAGAGAUGCGUACAAGCGCAACCCCCCACACAAUCAGGCGACUGUUGUGUGUCCUGAUCCGGCUACUCAGACUUAACGUCAGCGCCCCCUUCAAGGUGUUCCACUAUCUCUCCAACCACGAACAAGCGUCUACUUAUGACUAUCAUAGUAUGGCUUUAUGCUUAAACUAGCACCUACACUCACUCACACUUGUUUCAGCUAGGUAGUUGCAGGCCACUGCUCUUCAAAUAACUAGUAGCCCAGCUGGCUGGUUGUGUGAACCCACGGCAAUGGGACGAAUAAACUGCGUUUGCAUGUUUAAGUUUCUUGGGCAUGUUGUCGGCAGAAAUGUACGAUUGUCCAAAAUAUUCAAUCAGGUUGACUACUCGUAGUAAAAGGCAGAAAAUUUCCCUGCUAAUUAUCCGGCCGGGACUAUCCCCUUCCUGCGUUGCCUUGUGACAGCCUUGUUCUAUAUCUGGCCUCGAAAACGCUCCCAACAAUUGCACGUUUGUCGGCAGUUUCUAACUAAUCCUACUCGGUUGAUAGCGUUUUACUUUCAAGCCGGACAGGACUGCUGUAACAUUGGACUGUCCGAAAUUGCUCUACAACAGCCUCUUCAAGUUAUUGUGAAAGCCAUUAUUCGGGAAUUGAAAGAGCUCCUGUCCAGUUUGAUUUUUGACCUUUUUGUACAUUCAAAGAACGACGUUUUGUAAAAACUGCGAUCAACCUACCAGUUCGUCCCCUAAACGUACAUAAAUUGACCCCCCCCCUCUUAUCUGCAGGCGAUAUUCACCUUCCUGCCAAGAUCAAGGACGCCAUGCAGAUGCAGGUGGAGGCCGACCGAAGGAAACGUGCCGCUAUUCUGGAGUCAGAGGGUCAACGAGAUGCUGAAAUUAAUCGGGCUGAAGGCAUAAAACGGAGCCAGGUCCUCUCUUCAGAGGGUCGACGCACAGAAACCAUUAACCAUGCUGCGGGUAAGCGAAGUUGCACAUAUAAGGACGCCGUUUUCCUCCGCUUCUGUCUAAACUUUUUGUUCCUUCACCAGACACAGAAGAACUACUCCGACUUACAAUAUUUCCGCGGUAUUAUUAGUGGUGUUGGUAUUACACCAGGUAACUCAGUUCCACAGGAGAAUCCCCAUAACGCAAAAUCUGCCCACGCCUCUUUUCCCAAACUCUGGCAGCACUAAAGAGACGACUGUUCUAAAAAGAAGGCAUAGUUGGGUUUAUACAUCAAUGUUUACUAGUAAAACUAAUCAGUUUUUACUGGAAACUGAAAUUACAGAAAGUGGUUGUAUUACAAAUCACUUAAUUAAAACCGACUAUAAGGGCGCAUAAGGAGGAAGGACCCAUGAAAAAGGGUUAUAAUGUAAAACAGUAGCAAAUACAAGGAAAUCAGUACCUUGUUGACCGUCCAUUACGUUUAACACAACAGACAGCCUCUCGGACAUGGACGUAACUAGGUUGUCUAUUUUCGGCAGGAUUAAGAUCCAGGCUGCUGACAGGAAUAAAAAUCGAUUGGAGGCCACAUGCGGAGAAGCCAGCUGUUCAGAAAGUUGGAUUACGGUCGAAAUGGUCAUCAUCUUCAUACCUCUUUGGAGCGAUGGGCAGAAGCACCGUCAUUGGAUGUUGUUGUAACCGAAGACAUCCCUCGUAAUAUCAACGAACACCCUACUGUUGAUGGUAUUCGUAAUCGACCGCCAGAUUGGCCGCUGUCCGAAUUUUAUAGCAGUCAACAAUUCUUAAGGGUUGUCGUCGGCGCAUUAUGCCCUUUUGGAAAGUUCUCACAUAUGACCAUUUGGGUCGACUUCGUAGGCUUAUCUAAAAAUAAGACCUAAUCGCGGAAGUAAAUGCUCUUUCAGAAUGACGGCCUGUAAUUUUUAGCACACAAAAAUCGUUCCUUAGCAAGCUUCUUACUUAAAAGCGGCAUGGUAAUCGUCUUUUGGCGAAGCUCAACUGGUAGAGGGGUUCUCACCGAUCUUUUUUAGGGGACUCACUCGUUCCGUUGUGCCUUAGAAAGCCUAUAUUCUCGAUCGCAACCGACAGGACAACGAGCCCGUGUCUUAGUGGUUAGGGCCAUUGGACUUAUAACCAACAGGUCGUGGGAUCUAGCCCCGGGUGUUGCACACUUCGAGGUUGGGUAUGACUGGCUGACGACGGCUACUAAGCCAGAAAUGGCCAUUCCAGCCUCUUGUCUUUGUCAGCAACAUCAUUCUGAAGUUCGCAUUCCUGAAUCCUUUUCUUUAUUAUGUUCAUAGAAGCCAUUGGCAGAUGUUCCCUGCGAAUGGUCUCAAUAGGCAUACGCUGGUACUUAAUUUAGUUUGCGGUGGACAAAAUCGUUGUCUCGUUCUGGUCCACCCUGCUUAUUUCUUGGUAUAGUUUUAUCAUUAACAACUCACCACAGAGUGACUUUACAAUGUUAAAAGUGCUUGAUGACAGUUCACGCGAAAACCCUCCCGCUGCUAAUUUUCAUAUCCGUUCGUAGUCGACUGCCAUAGAAAAUGUCUGGGCAUUUUUAUCGCGCGGUGUGACGGAAGCGUGACAGCAUGUCACGUGUACUCAAUCUAUAUUUUUUACGCUUAAUAAUUCUCUGUGUGGUGAAACAGACUACGCUCAAACAAGUUUAUUACCGAGUUUUAUGGUACACAGCAAUACAACUUUGUCAAACAGAAUUGUUGGAGUCAAAUUCGCUCCUCUUUUCUUGAAAACAAUGUAAUCUCUCAUACCUGUCUUCACCUGAUUUACGUGGACGCAAAAUCCGGUCUUCCGUUUCCGGAAAAGAUUUUUUUACGGACAUUUCAUGUUUAUAUUCAUGUUUGUUUAUGGUACAAUACACACCAACUUAAGGUUCUCACCUGUGAAUUUCAAUAGCAUAGAAAAUUGCGCCCAAAUAUGCUCUGUCUACCUUGCACUAAACACGGGCUCGUUGUUCGUGCAAGUCAUCCUGACUUUUAGUGAGUUGGCCCCACAGAGUGCUUAAUGCUUCUGCAGUUACUUAUGUGUGAUACGGCGACGAAUGGCAUCCGAGAGUUGCCUCAGUCUGGGCGCCUUUUACAGUACUUCACUCGGAUGAUCGUUCCCAAACAACGAUAAUACGAUGGUGCAACUUUCCACCGUCACAACUCAUUAUUAACGACCGUGAGGAUAGAAGGACUGACCGGCACACGCUGUCCAUAGGUGCCUUUAAAGGCUUAUGAUGAUGAUGAUGGUGGUGGUGAUGAUGAGGAUGCUGCUGCUGUUGCUGCUGCUGCUGAUGAUGAUGAUGAUGAUGAUGAUGACGACGACGACGAUGAUGAUGAUGAUGAUGAUGAUGAUGUUACGUUCACUUCCCUUUUUUCCAUAUUAGACGUUCAUAUUUGUCUGCUUAAAACUGACGUUUUUAUCUCCGCCUGAGGAGAGCUGUGGCGUAAAUAAUACCAUUGUUUGUCAAAUGCAAUUAGUUGCUGUCAUGGGAUGACAAGUGGCAAUACUAUGUCCAAUAGUGUCGGCACAUGAGCUGGCUGACUACUGGAUACCAACCUGACAUUUUGAAUUCCUUUAUGCAAGCCAAGUGCCUAUUUUAGCAUUUGAAAAUGAUCUCGAGCUUUGUUUGCUUUUUCAGGCGAGGCCGAAGCCAUCCUGCGGUUAGCAGAAUCUCGCGCCAUGGCCGUUCGGAAAUUGGCUGAAGCCAUUACAUCUGAUGUUGGUUUUUCGUGACUUUUUCCUUUCCAUAACGUUCCCCUCUGUUCACCGCGUGUCCACUGAGCACAAGUCCUCAUUGCACCGUAUAUUAGAAGGAUGUGACAAUGAAUUCCAGCUGGAUGCGUGUUACAAGACCUGCUGUUCGCAACUACCGGUUACUCGUUCACCUGACUUCCUCUUUUAAAUUGGCUGCCCCCUUCCGUAGCAGGUGGCGGUCCGCUGUGCACUCGGGCCAGCUUUUAAGUAAUCAACGCACGCCUUUAAUACUUAGCUCGUUAAGGGCUACACACUUCGCGGAGCUUAUCAUCUAGUCGACUAACAGUUAGAGUCCUGCCCUGUCCCAGAUCUGGCGCACUGACGUACUGCUUUUAAUUACGUGGUACUCUGCAUUUCGUGUGUGUGCCACUCUCAAAAAGGUCCUGCCGCCAUUUAGUUAUGUUCGACUUUCUAUUCAUCCUGUGACCCUGCGGUCCAGGAAUAUGGGGUAUUUCAGGACAUUUUCCUUAAAAAACGGGAUUUUUUCGCGACGGACAACCGAGGCCUGAAGUACAUUUUCCACUUUCAGCGAGGCGAAGAUGCUGUGCAGAUGGCCAUUGCGGAACGCUAUAUUGACGCCUUCGCAAAAUUGGCCAAAUCCACGAAUACGAUGCUUCUGCCCUCUCAAGCGGGCGACGUUUCUUCAAUGGUUGCACAGGUUUGUCGAUUGUUUCCCCUUCUCGCCUUUCCCACCAGUCUCGAAGUCUAGAUCGGUAGUUCGCAAUUUUUGGUGCAUGCUGUGCAUAUCUUUCUUUUUUAUCUAACUUUCUUGGUACUCACAUUACAAACGAAUCUAUAGAAUCUAUUUUCACGAUACCUCAUCCCUCCAGCCCGCAACCCCACAAUACCCUGUAUAAGAAUGUGGUGCUUUUUUGUGAUUUGGUGUACUCAUCUUCACUUAGUGGACAAGUCUGUUUUUUAACAUGACCGUGUGUCCAUUUUUACGUAGAAAGUAGGAGUGGCGUCUUCAGUUGUAGAUCCACUUAGUCUCAAAACCUUAAAAAUACACAGGUUUCACGCAACCAAUUUGUCACUUUGUGGACUACCAAAAUUCAUAUUUCCGGCGCAUUGUAACGCAUUUUCUUCGAGUCAUUGUUGCUUUGAAUGACUGGUUUCGGACCUUCGCUGUAUCUUGAUUACAUCUCCGUUUUUUUUGUUAGGCUCUGGCAAUAUUCCAGUCGAUGAAGAGAGACGCGACGGUUCCAUCGAACUCCAAGUUGACGGCGAUGC